AUGGAGAAGGUUUGGGUGGAACAGACUGAAACGGGGAUAGUGAUGAAUCUGAAGGAGAAGGAAUCCUCUUUUGAAGGCAGCUUUGAGUUGAUGAAUUCAACAUCAUUCGCAGCUCAAGAAACGGAGACAAAAUUCAACAAGAAAUCAUCAUCUACACUUGGUGGAGGGUCCGAUUCUGAUAUGGUAGAUGUUGAUGUGAAUGAUGCUGUGAGGAAUAUAACGAUUGAUGUGUUGCAAUGGAAGAUUCUCGAGAUCGGACACAACCUCGUAGGCUACCCGAGGGCAGAGGUCAAAAGAGCUGAUUUGUUUUCACAUGUACAUGUUCCUCACUUAGAGGUUGGGUUUGAAACUGACAUUGAUUUGGAAGUUACAAAGGGGUACAUUGAUGACCGCAGUGAUUGGGAGGACAGUACAUGCCUUGUUUGGGACCAACAUGGCAGAGAACUCAGUGAGAACAAGGAGCAUACUGUUUCAAGGAGUCGGUCUCGUUCGGAGGAGAGGGGGAAGAAGAACUUCAAGCAACAGUUAGUUAAACAAGAGCUGAUAUCUCAGGUUGUGUGCCGGGUUUCAUCCCUAUGUUGUGGUACUGAAUUUAUGUCAAGUGGAAGGGUGUUCGAUGAUCUGCAAAAUCGAAAGAGUAUCCUCAAGCUUCCAGGCACGUUGAAAAUUACGAUUGAUGACACUGAAGGAAUGAGCUUUUUGCAUCAAAAUACCAUAACCCAUAGGGGCUUGAAGGUUUCUAACCUUUUUAUGGAUGAAAACAAAGUGCUAAUGAGUGUUAAUGCUGUUGUUUUUGGUGUGGCUCAAGUGCAGGUUUUUAGGCAGAAGCUAUACAAUCAAAAGGACAAUGUUUUUAUCUAUGAGGUUAUGCUAUGGGUGCUUCUAACUGGAAAGAGUCCAUAUGCUCACAAUUGGGAGCAUCAUCCUAUAAUAGUUGAGGAGCCUAAACAUCACACUGAAAGAGUCUUGCAGAUUUUUGAAGAGUUAGGAAUUGAGGUCAAGGUUUAUUCCGGGGCUGAGAAUUAUGAAAGUUAA